CUGAAAAAGCAUAGAAAACCAUUGAAAUUUUCAAAAAAUUACGCCUCCACAAGUACCAUUUAUAAGUAUCAUUGGCAUUUUAGGGAAACAAGAGAUUUUCUGCAGUUUCUGCGUCGUAUUAAUUAUGAUCACCGGCAGUUGCCCGAAAAUCCUGAUAACGCAGUUGAAAUACAUGUAUCCAUUGUGGUUAGUACGAUUCGAGCUGUGUCGGAAGUCACCAUGGACUACAGUUUGGAGUUAUUUUACCGUGAGUCGUGGACAGAUAACCGACUUAGUUACGAUAAGCGGAAAUUCCAAAACAAAAGCGAAAUAGCAUUACAUGAAAGUUAUACGAAUUUUCUUUGGCAUCCAGAUACGUUUAUGCCAAAUGCGAUCGCGUCAAAGAAUCCACAAAAACAGUCAAUAUCUCAUCGAUCAUUAUUGCGGCUGCAAGAGAAUGGUAAUGUCUUGUAUAGCAGACGCCUUUCUGUAAUCGCCGAAUGUCCCAUGGAUUUAACUUUAUUUCCAUUCGAUUCGCAGAUUUGCAAACUCGGAAUAGAAAGUUAUGGCUAUACUGCUGACCAAGUUCGAUAUAAGUGGUCUAAAGGCAUUAAACAAGCACUAAAGCUUCAUAAAAUUCGACUCCCAGAUUUUCAAGUUAAGGAGGCUUAUGUGACUUCUCAAUUAGAAAGUUAUGCAACAGGAAAUUAUAGCCGUCUCUAUGUCUGUUUUAUAUUUUCUCGAGCAGCUGGGUUUUGCUUCUUGCAGCUUAUCAUUCCGUCCACAGCAGUAGUUAUAACAUCGUGGGUGUCAUUAUGGAUGGAAAAUGAAACCUCUUUUCAAGAUAUGAUAUCAAUUAUCUUAACAAUAACCUUUUUAUUAUUUUCUUAUAACGAAGUAAUGCCUCGCGUAAGUUAUAUUAAAGCGAUGGACGUUUAUUUAGGUGUUUGUUUUUGUAUCGUUUUUUUCUCUUUAAUCAAACUUGCACUGGUAAAAUAUAUGAGGCAACGACUAAGAAUGACACGGUCAUUUUCAAUUCGUAUUCUUAUCAUUCUUAUCAAUGAAAAUCUUGCAAAAAAUUCAAAAUAUUAUUCAUUUAUUGUGCAACAAUUUUACCAAAUUUGGAAAUUUUUUUUAGAAAAAGGAGGGUGUUUAACCGAUAUAAUUUUCACACCGACUUUCAUGCAUCGAUUUCAUUGGAUAACUCAGAUGACUUUUUUUUUCGGUUUCAUCGCAUUUUGCCUUUUCUACUUUCUCAUUUACCCAAACAUUCACCAUGAUAUUGCUGAUCCUGCAUGUGAUCGAGAAUUUGCCGAAUGGUUUGCUGAACUUAAGUAA